AUGUAUCUUUACUUAUCUCUAUUUCUUCUUGCUUUCCUUCCUUUCAUAUUAAACAAUCUAUCUAUCUAUCUAUCUAUCUAUCUAUCUAUCUAUCUAUCUAUCUAUCUAUCAGUCUGUUCAUGCCUAUCUAUCAGUCUGUUCAUUAUCUAUCUAUCUAUCUAUCUAUCUAUCUAUCUAUCUAUCUAUCUAUCUAUCUAUCUUAUCUAUAAAAAGAAUACCCGCUCGGCCCGGCCUUGUGCCACAUUCGAUCCCCGUGGGUGGAUUGAUAAAUACCAUCUAUCUAUCUAUCUAUCUAUCUAUCUAUCUAUCUAUCUAUUACAGUCUGUUCAUAUCUAUCUAUCUAUCUAUCUAUCUAUCUAUCUAUCUAUCUAUCUAUCAGUCUGUUCAUACCUAUCUAUCAGUCUGUUCAUUAUCUAUCUAUCUAUCUUAUCUAUAAAAAGAAUACCCUCUCGGCCCGGCCUUGUGCCACAUUCGAUCCCCGUGGGUGGAUUGAUAAAUACCAUCUAUCUAUCUAUCUAUCUAUUACAGUCUGUUCAUAUCUAUCUAUCUAUCUAUCUAUCUAUCUAUCUAUCACAGUCUGUUCAUAUCUAUCUAUCUAUCUAUCUAUCUAUCUAUCUAUCUAUCUAUCUAUUACAGUCUGUUCAUAUCUAUCUAUCUAUCUAUCACAGUCUGUUCAUAUCUAUCUAUCUAUCACCGUCUGUUCAUAUCUAUGUUUUACUUUUCAUUAUGUUUUUUAUUCAAUCAGCUGGGCAUACUAAGAUAGAAGCGGCUAGCCAUCCUCGGGACGCUUACGAUAUCUAUCUCUCUAUCUAUCUAUCUCAUUAUGUUGAUAUCUUUCUAUCUCAGUCUGUUUAUAUCUAUCUCAAGCAUGGAUUAUUUUCAGCAACAUGUUUCAAUCUCGUCAUAUCUAUAUCUAUCUAUCUAUCUAUCUAUCUAUCUAUCUAUCUAUCUAUCUAA